AUGUCAGUUAUGAUACUUGCAACAGUUGCACUAAUGUAUCGUUUAUUAAGUUAUGAAAAAAGCACUGAAAAACAGACAAAGCCAUUGAAAAAAUUAACAAUUCAUAUAAUUCUUUAUGUCAUCUGGUUUACGAUUACAUAUUGUCCGACAACAUUUUAUCGUAUGACGACAACGUAUGAUCCAAAACAGUAUACAACCUAUGUGGUUAGUAAUAUUUUGGCAGUGUUUGUAUUAGUAGGUGUUCAGACAUAUCCAAUUAUUACUGAUUUUCUGCUAUCACUAUUGUCGAAUAAACAAAACAAGACAACAGAACAUAAAUACAACUUGAAGUGGUCAAGUGGUCAAGUGGUCAAUCAUAAUACAUAUUGA